CUCCCGCUCGCCACCACCACCGUCCACGGAGAGAGAUUUGAACCCUCUCGUUCAAACUCCUCCCCAAUAACACCCCAUAUCACGUCUCGCGUUUCUAUUGACCAAGUCAGCACCCUGCUGACUCUCGAUUUCCUCUUAGCUCCGUCUCGCGUUCUUCUCUUAGCUUUGGUAUUCAGGCAGACGGAGAGCAACCACUGGAUCCAGCACUCUUUGCUUAUUCUAGACUGCACGUCAUCAGCCAGAAUUGACCAGCCUGUUUUGAGUCGACUCAAAAUUGACCAGCCCCUAACGAGAGGCUGCUUUCCUAGGGACCAUCCAGAGGUUGCUUUUGACAAGCCACAAUAACCGCGAGUGCGGUUGACUGCCCCGUCUGUCUAGCAGCCUGAAUCUCCCGCUCCGGGCUCCGGGCUUGCCUUCGUAUCCCAUACUCUCAGACAACCGCCAAUCCGCGAAAUCGCAUCACCAGCCAUGUCGAUUCCACGCCUCGCGAGCGGAUCACGCUCGCACACGCGGUUCUCUCCUCUCCUCACGAAGCUGCCUGUCCUACUAGUCAGUUUCCUAGUCGUCGCCAUCUCAUGUCACGCCACAACCACAGCCGCAGCCGCAGCCGCAGCCGCCUUCCCCCAACUCUCCUCCGCGCACGCCCGGUGGCUGCAAGAGGUCUCCGCUCCCCCUCCGCCCGUCGUCACAACCUCCCCUCCGCCAGCCGUCACAACCUCCCCUCCGCCCGUCGUCACAACCUCCCCUCCGCCCGUCGUCACAACCUUCCCUCCGCCCGUCGUCACAACCUCCCCUCCGCCCGUCGUCACAACCUCCCCUCCGCCCGUCGUCACCACCUCCCCUUCCCCUCCCAUUGUGUCGGUUUCUCCCCCACCCGACACCUCCUCUCCCCCUCCCGUUACCACCUCUCCUUCCCCUCCCAUUACCUCCCCCUCACCUCCGCUCUCCCCUCCUCCCGCCCCUCCUUCCUCUCCUCCUCCCUCACCGCCUCUUUCUCCGCCUCCUUCCCCCCCCACUCCCCCGCCCUCCCCUCCCCCGACUCCUCCCCCUCCCCCUACCCCGCCCCCGCCGCCUCCCCCGCUCGGAACUUGCCCUUCCUCGUUUACCGUCGGAAUGCGGUGUACCAACUGCACCACCCCUGGCGGCUGCAUCUGCGACUCGUUCGGCGUGUGCCGGCCCAGCUGUAGCUUCGUGCCGGGCGUUGACUACAAAUCGCCCAGGUGGCGGCGCGCGUGCGCCACGUGCCCGAGCAAGCGCGCCGGCGUGCCGAACGCGCAGUGCGCGUGUGACAUAAACGGAAGCCAGACGUGCGUGGAUUUCUGCGCGCUGCCGGAGAAUAACAACGGCGUGACGCCGUGCACGGGAUGCAAGAACGCGACGGGCAACGGGUGCGUGUGCGGCCGCGGGCAGUGCGUCGACGCGUGCAGCACGGCGAACCCAAUGUCGGCGCUGGUCAGAGGCGCGGCUUGCACCGUCGGAUGCUCGGCCAAGGCGGGUAAGGACGGGUGCGUGUGCUCGCCGUCCAAGGGCAAGUGCGUGCCGUUCUGCAACGAGAAGGACGGCUACCCGUGCACCAACUCGGCGUCCGGCGAAGGCUACUGCCGCGCCGGGCUCUGCUACGACAUCUGCGCCAUCGCCAGUGAGUGGACGCACUUAAACGACAGAACCCGGCACCGUUUGCAGCACGUGCAACACGACCAAAGGCGGCUCGUGCGUCUGCGGCUCGUCGGGGAAAUGCGAGCCGGACCUCUCGUGCACGGGCCCGUCGCCCGUUCCGCUCGUCCUCAAUUCGCCGAACGCCUACCCUUGUACCUCGUGCGCGAACGCGUAUUAUUACUCGGUUACCAACGUUAACGUGGUUACCGCGCCGGGGUGUAGAUGUGCCGCUAAAGGGAAGUGCGUGGAGCCUUGUAACGGGGGAUUGGCGGAGGGAGCGGUUUGCAGCGGUGGAGCGGCGUGCAAGGAUAAUACGAACGGAUGCAGGUGUACGAAAGGGACGUGCAGACCGUUUUGCGAGUUGCCUACUAACGAGGGAGCCGCGUGCGGAGAUAUGUUUUCGCAGCAGGGGACGUGCGUCGGCGGGAAGUGCGUUCCGCGGUGUGGUGUGGCUGGAAGCGACGGGUUACAAUGCAGUUACAAUUGCACAAGCCAAGUGUGCUUGUGCUCCGCAGGCCAGUGCAAACCCCAAUGUCAGCUGCCGAAUGCCGAGGGCGGGGAGUGCUUUGAUGGGUGUGACAGCGGGGGGCCGUGCACGUGUUACAGAGGGGAGUGUGUGAAUAAGUGUCAGGUGCCGGCCAAUGAGGGGAGUAGGUGCGUUGACUGCAGCCGGAACCCCUACUGCAAGUGCAGAAGCGGGCAGUGUGUCAACGAGAGGUGAGGGUGGGUUUGUUUUUCUGAGAUAGUACGAUAGGCAUUGGACAGGAACCCUGGCAAAUAAAUGGGUGCUGCAUUGCUAAACCUAGUCCCAAGGACACUGUCUGUGAUAGCUGCUCUGCUCCAAGAUAGCUUAUGGGGCAUCAUUGCAUGUUCUUCAGCAUACCAUCUCUGUGUAACUGCUAACUUCCAGUCAAUAUGGAAAAACUUCUGAAAUUGUGCAGCUG